AUGCGGAGCAGGAGCAAUUCCGGGGUCCGACUAGACGGGUACGCGCGCCUGGUGCAGCAAACCAUCCUGAGUUACCAGAAUCCUGUCACGGGGCUGCUGUCAGCCAGCCAUGAGCAGAAGGAUGCCUGGGUACGGGACAACAUCUACAGUAUCCUGGCUGUGUGGGGCCUGGGAAUGGCCUACCGCAAGAAUGCUGACCGUGACGAGGACAAGGCCAAGGCCUAUGAGCUGGAGCAGAACGUGGUGAAACUGAUGCGGGGGCUUCUGCAGUGCAUGAUGAGACAGGUGGAGAAGGUGGAGAAGUUCAAACACACACAGAGUACCAAGGACAGCCUGCAUGCCAAGUACAACACUGCCACUUGCAGCACCGUGGUGGGUGAUGACCAGUGGGGCCACCUCCAAGUGGAUGCCAUCUCUCUCUUCCUCCUCUUCCUGGCCCAAAUGACUGCCUCAGGCUUGCGUAUUAUUUUCACCCUCGAUGAGGUGGCCUUCGUACAGAACCUUGUGUUUUACAUAGAAGCUGCAUAUAAAGUUGCUGAUUAUGGAAUGUGGGAACGUGGAGAUAAGACGAACCAGGGCAUACCAGAAUUGAAUGCAAGCUCUGUUGGAAUGGCCAAGGCAGCACUUGAGGCCAUUGAUGAACUGGACCUUUUCGGCGCUCAUGGAGGACGCAAGUCGGUGGUCCAUGUCCUGCCAGAUGAGGUUGAGCACUGCCAGUCCAUCCUGUUCUCCAUGCUACCAAGAGCGUCGACCUCUAAAGAGAUCGAUGCUGGGCUGCUGUCCAUUAUUUCCUUCCCAGCCUUUGCAGUGGAAGAUGGGAACCUUGUGAAUGUGACCAAAGAUGAAAUUAUUUCCAAGCUCCAGGGCCGUUAUGGAUGCUGCCGCUUCCUUCGAGAUGGCUAUAAAACCCCGAGAGAGGACCCAAACCGAUUGCAUUAUGAUCCUGCAGAACUCAAACUCUUUGAAAACAUUGAAUGUGAGUGGCCUGUGUUCUGGACAUAUUUCAUAAUUGAUGGCGUCUUCAGUGGGGAUGCUGUUCAGGUCCAAGAGUACCGAGAGGCCCUGGAGGGAAUAUUAAUUCGAGGCAAAAAUGGGAUCCACCUGAUGCCGGAACUGUAUGCCAUCCCACCUGACAAGGUGGAUGAAGAAUAUAAGAAGCCUCACACGGUAGACAGAGUACCUCUGGGCAAGCUGCCCCACCUGUGGGGCCAGUCCUUGUACAUCCUUAGCUCACUGUUGGCAGAGGGUUUCCUGGCCACUGGUGAAAUUGAUCCCUUAAAUAGAAGAUUUUCCACUUCAGUCAAACCUGAUGUUGUAGUACAAGUCAGUGUUUUGGCCGAAAACAAUCACAUUAAGGAGCUGUUGAGGAAACAUGGGAUAAGUGUUCAGAGUAUUGCUGACAUUCAUCCAAUUCGUGUCCAGCCUGGCCGGAUUCUUAGCCACAUAUAUGCCAAGCUUGGACGCAACAAGAAUAUGAGAUUGAGCGGGCGACCAUAUCGUCACAUUGGUGUCCUUGGCACAUCUAAGCUCUAUGUGAUUAGGAACCAGAUCUUUACAUUCACACCCCAGUUCACCGACCAGCAUCACUUCUACCUGGCCCUGGACAAUGAGAUGAUCGUGGAAAUGCUGCGGAUUGAGCUGGCCCAUCUGUGCACCUGCUGGCGGAUGACGGGCAGACCCACGCUCACCUUUCCCAUCACCCACACCAUGCUCACAAAUGAUGGCUCAGAUAUCCACUCUGCAGUUCUCGCUACAAUUAGAAAACUAGAGGAUGGCUAUUUUGGAGGAGCGAGAGUGAAACUGGGGUACCUUUCGGAAUUUCUCACCACCUCAUUCUACACGUACCUCACCUUCCUGGACCCCGACUGUGACGAGAAGUUGUUUGACGAUGCCAGCGAAGGAAGUGCAAGUCCUGACAGUGAUUCUGAUAGAGGGGGGUAUUUAGAAGAUACUUAUAAUUCAGAAAGCCAAGAUGAACUUGACCAGUAUAUCAACCACCUGCUGCGGAGCACGUCAUGGAAGUGUUACCUGCCCCCUCUCUGUAAGAAGACAGAAGACCGCCAUGUUUUCAGUGCCGUCCACUCCACUCGGGAUAUACUUUCCGUCGUGGCAAAAGCAAAGGGUUGGGAAGUACCAUUUGUUCCCAUGGCUUUGCCAACUAGAAUGCUGAGUGCCCACCGCAAAUCACUGAACCUUGUUGAUUCUCCUCAACCACUCCUAAAAAAGGCUCCUGAAGUUGAUUUCCAGUGGCCCCGAGACGACCACGGUGACGUGGACUGUGAAAAGCUGGUGGAGCAGCUGAAAGAUUGUUCGAACCUCCAGGACCAAGCAGACAUCUUGUACAUUCUGUAUGUAAUCAAGGGCCCCAACUGGGACACAAAUCUCUCGGGACAGCAUGGGGUCACUGUGCACAUCCUCCUCAGCGAGUUGUACGGGAAAGCUGGCUUGAACCAAGAGUGGGGUUUGAUUCGCUACAUCUCAGGCCUGCUCAAGAAGAAAGUGGAGGUCCUGGCAGAGGCCUGCACAGACCUGCUGUCACACCAGAAGCAGCUCACGGUGGGCCUUCCCCCUGAGCCCCGGGAGAAGACCAUCUCUGCGCCCCUCCCCCCAGAGGAGCUCACAAGACUCAUCUACGAAGCCAGCGGGCAGGACAUCAGUAUCGCAGUCCUCACACAGGAAAUUGUGGUUUACUUGGCCAUGUAUGUCCGGGCCCAGCCCAGCCUCUUUGUGGAGAUGCUCCGACUCCGGAUUGGACUAAUCAUUCAGGUGAUGGCCACAGAGCUGGCACGGAGCCUGAACUGCUCAGGAGAAGAAGCUUCUGAAAGUUUGAUGAACCUCAGCCCUUUCGAUAUGAAAAGUCUCCUGCACCAUAUUCUCAGCGGAAAAGAGUUUGGCGUUGAAAGAAGCAUGCGACCGAUCCACUCUGCUACAUCCAGUCCUGCCAUCUCCAUCCAUGAAGUGGGACACACUGGUGUCACCAAAACAGAGAGGAGUGGCAUUAACAGGCUAAGGAGUGAGAUGAAGCAGAUCACCAGGCUAUUUAGUGCUGAUGAGCAGUUCUUUUCUGUGGGCCCAACCAUAUCGAGUAGUGUGCAUUCCUCCAAAUCUGUGAGAUCCAGCACCCCCUCCUCACCCACAGGAACCUCGUCGUCAGACUCAGGAGGGCAUCACAUCGGCUGGGGAGAGCGGCAGGGCCAAUGGCUACGCAGGAGACGGCUAGAUGGAGCCAUUAACAGGGUCCCUGUGGGAUUCUACCAGAAAGUGUGGCAGAUCCUGCAGAAGUGCCACGGUCUUUCCAUUGAUGGCUAUGUCCUCCCCUCGUCAACAACACAAGAGAUGACCUCACAUGAGAUCAAGUUUGCUGUCCAUGUGGAGUCAGUGCUGAACCGAGUGCCCCAGCCUGAGUACCGGCAAUUGCUGGUGGAAGCGAUCUUGGUGCUGACACUACUCUCAGAUACAGAGAUGAACAGCCUUGGGGGCAUCAUCCACGUGGACCAGAUCGUGCGGAUGGCCAACCAGCUGUUCCUGCAGGACCAGACUGCCCUAGGUGCCCUGGACACCCUGGAGAAAGACCAAGCUACAGGGAUUUGCCACUUUUUUUAUGACAGUGCACCCAGUGGAGCCUAUGGGACAAUGACGUACCUAACGAAAGCAGUAGCCACCCAUUUGCAGGAAUUGCUGCCCACCUCUGGCUGCCAGAUGCAAUAG